ACAGGAAUCCACAUGGACACAUAAUCUACGAGACAAGCCAGACUUUCAUCUCAAAAAGUAGUUUGUGGCAAGGGCAGCCAUGGCUCAGCAUCAACCAUGGAAAUUCUUGGUUUUUAAGUUUAUAAUUCUUGGUGGAUGCAUUUUUCUUGGAGCACAGGGCAGCUCACUCUUCGAUAAGAUUCAUGAACAACACCCCCAAAAGGGAGACAAAAGUUCCAAAACUUCCAGAAAGUCUUCAUCUGGACAGCGUCGUGCAAGUAGUCAGGCUUCAACUGAGGAAGCUGCCACAAAAUCAAGUACCGUUCUGGAUCCCGAUUUCGACAUGAUUAGAAGGAUCAAGGCUGGCACUUUCGAUUUCUUCAGGGAUUCCUUGCCCGGCAUGCUCGAGUACGUUGGAGGAGACGGGAGUGAAAAGGAUUGGGAGGAAACGGUCACAAAGAGGGAGGCACGACAAAUCUUUGAGCAAUUUCCCUUCAUGAAAACCACCAACGUCUGGAAAAGAUUUAUAGAAACGGGAGAGGUUGCGGAUGAGGACGCCGCCGCCGCUGCAAUGGUCGAGGCAGUGCGAGAGAUGGGGGCUACCCUCAUCGAGGCGAGAUCUAUCACCAAAGACGCCGACACUGUCGUCCAGCACGCGAAUGACUUCCUCGAUGAUCUGAAAGCAAACGACGCCUCCUCCCCUGAACUCGUCGCGUCCGCCAAAAGGGGAAGUCCCAGGGCUAUCGCCACUCUUCAACAGAAAUUUGUGGACCAGUACCUGGGCGGGAUCGAUCUGGAGACUUUUCAGUGGGUGGACAGGGCACGAGACAACUUUUUCGCGGACGAAAAUUUGCUUCGUGCGGUUGGGGACGAGAGCGUUCUGAGCAAUCUUAGGAACCCGAACCUACGACCUCUUAAGGUGAGCGAGUACGAGGAAGCCGACCCAGCGCGCAUUCUGUCCUCCCUCACCGGUAAUCAGGCGCCCAGCUAGCUCUGCGCAAAGCUUCUUCCAACGAGGCCCAUGAUAGAGGGGAACGCAUGAAAGAAAUAAUCAUUGAAAGGAGGAACAGAAAGGGAGA